AUGGCUUUUCAAACUUACAUCCGUAGUUUAUUGGCAGGUUGUUCAAGAAUAAUUGUAGCAGGUGAAUCAAUAAAAUGCAUCUUUUGAGUUAAAAAAAGGGAAUUCAGAUCGCGGAAAUGCAUGGCGGGCCAGUUUGGGCAAAAUCAGUCGACGGGAGUAUUUGCAUCGGUACGAAAUCAAGUUCAUUCGUCCGGAUGGCUCUACUAUCAUGAUUCCGUCUUCUGAGCCGCGAGAGGUAAAUAGUCACUCUGGAAACUUUGUAUAUAGCUUAAUUUACCAGACAUUUCAAGCAGCAGUCGAUUUGAAGCAACUGAGUGAGGACGAGAGACGACAGAGGCUGGCAGCUCGAAAACCGAAAACCAAAAUCACCAAAACGGAAGUUAUCGACGACAAUUUCGACGAGGGCGAGUACAUGAAGUUUUGGUCGGCGCCAGCCCAGAAGACAGAGAAGAAGCAGAAAAAUUGAAGAUCUAAUAGUUUUGUUUUUAGUGUUUUCUUUAUAAAUUUUCAGUUUUUAUAAUGUUUAUCAAGUGUUCGUGUUAAUCGUUUCAACAAUUUUUUACCUUCCUGAUCCCUGUCGGGUUUCUGAUCAAAGAUUAUGUGUUUCAGCUUAAACAUGGCAGACGUUCCGAAGUAUUCGAUCAUUUUGCCAACUUACAAAGAAAAGGAAAACUUGCCUAUUUGCAUCUGGCUCAUGGAGAAGUAUUUGAAAGAAAUUUCCUACGAGGCAAGAAAAAUAAUCGGGAAUUUCCCAGAAAAAGCGAUUUUCAGGUGAUCAUCGUGGACGACGCCUCUCCGGACGGCACUCUCGAAGUGGCUCAACGCCUUCAGAAGGAGUACGGCGAGAACAAAAUCGUUCUGAGACCACGUGCCGGAAAAUUGGGCCUCGGCACGGCGUACGUGCACGGAUUGGCUCAUGCCCGCGGAGAAUUCAUCUUUCUGAUGGACGCCGAUCUUUCGCAUCAUCCGAAGUUCAUUCCGGAAAUGAUCGCGUUGCAACAGCGCUACAAUUUGGACAUUGUGACCGGGACAAGAUACAAGAACGGCGGUGGAGUCAGCGGAUGGGAUUUGAAAAGGAAAACCAUCAGCAAGGGGGCCAAUUUCUUGGCUCAAUUCCUUCUGAAUCCGGGAGUUUCUGAUUUGACCGGAUCUUUCCGGCUUUACAGAAAAGAUGUGCUCGCUCAGCUGAUCGCCGACAUCAUCAGCAAGGGAUACGUCUUCCAGGUGAAAAAACCUGAAAUCGUCUUCUAAAAAUCGCUCAAAAUUGCAGAUGGAGAUGAUGUUCCGUGCCAAGAAGGCCGGCUUCCGCAUCGGAGAAGUGCCCAUCUCAUUCGUCGACCGAUUCUUUGGAGAAUCGAAACUUGGAAGUCAGGAGAUUGUCGAUUAUGCCAAAGGACUUCUCUAUCUUUUCGCCUUCGUCUGGUAAUCGCCGUCGUCGUUGCAACGAAAAACAUCUGUGAUAAGAGUCUAUUUUCUGCUUGGGAAUACUAUCGCUUUACCAAAGUUAUGUCAAUUUUCAGUCUUCUAUUAAUAAAGCUUACAAGAGUUUUGAACGGGGUUCCACCGCGCCAAUCGAGUGGACGCUCGGUAGCGGCUUCUUCGCUUUACUCUACUGACGCAUUCGGAACAACUACUGCCGUCAGAAAUUCUAAAAAAGUUUACAGACUUAAUGAGAAUGGUGAGCAUCCGUGACAACUUUCUUCACAUUCCUUCUCAACUUUUCCCUGAUUCCAAUUCAUUUCUUCUCAUUUUCAGAGUCCAUUCCUCCGAUUGACAAGUCCCGUGAGUCCACUCCUCUCUUCUCCGUGAACAUAUUUUUCAGAUUGAUGACUAUUGUAAUUCCCAUUUGUCUUCUUAUAUUUCUGAUUGGCCAAUGCAGUUCAAAGGGCAAACGGAACACGACGAGCAAUCCGUCGACGCCAGCUAGAGGCAACAGAUCGUCCGUUGCGAAGUCUCCGAGCGUCGAGAAAAAGGAGGAGCCGAAGAAAGAAACGCCGGUGGCGAAAAGUGGGGAAAAAGUGUGUGAUGAGAAUCCGAAAAAGAACGAGAAGGCAAUGGACGAGAAAAAGGCGGCGACAGUGUGUGAAACACAAGAAGAUCCGAAAGAAAAGGAGGAAAAACAGCAGCAACAACAGCAGCAGCAGAAGGACGGUCAGGAAUCAUGUUAGUUCUUCAGUAAAUCUCCUGUGAUUUUCUAUUAUUUUUCAGCGAAACGGAAGAAAGAACCGAAAAAGAAGGCGAAGAAGGUGAGGAAGGAGGAAUUUUGGGAGGAUCAGAACGACGACGACACUCUUAUUUGUGUGAAAAGCAUUGAAAACUGA